AAUUAGAAGUACCUCAGAUUGGGGAGUACUGGUGAGAUAGGACUCGUAGUGAUAACAUGCCUGUGUCUGUAGUUCCGGUACCUCACCGACGAAACGGCAUUGGGCUGUCUGGUGCCAUUUUGAGAGUAUUCGCUGCUGUGCCUUAGCCCCUCCCCCUUCUGGGGGGUGACGUGGGAUCGGGUGUGUCACGUGAUGCUUCGGUAGCUCCUGUUCUGUUAUCUCCGUUGCUAGUUGGCACAGGACGAUCGGAAACCCCGGAGAGGGAGAUCGGAGAUGAGGGGCGGGUAACGAGACGAGGCAUGAUUGAAGUGGUCUAAUACUUGCCACAAUGAACAAAGAGGAAACCCCACAAGCAGGCCUAGAAACCAACACAGAGGACGGCUUGGUGGAUAGCCCUAAUGCUGAAACAGAGAAGACCUCUUUUCUAAUGGCUUCUGACCUGAAUGAGAACAAAUUAAACAGCGACCAGCCUUUGACCAGGAACACAGAUAUCAGCCUGCAUAAUAGAGAUUCCGCUCAGGAUAGCAUUAAUAAUAAUGAAAACUGCAACCUGAUGUGCGGCCAACUUAGCUGUAGAAAGAGCUGUGAAGAUGAUCGGACAGUGGUGGAAAGCUUGGCCUCCGCUCCUCUGCCAGCCAAGGACAGCAGCGCCACUAAAGGCAAACGUGUGGCCGGAAGACGCAGCAAUAAAAAUAAGAAGGCUCAGAAUGGAAAAUCUACAGGGCUUUUAGCAUCAGAUGAUAUAUCUGUUUCAGAAGACAGCAAAUGUGCCGAUUCUGCUCAUGACAUGACCACUCUUGACUCGCUUCUUAGUCCAGAGCACAAGAAUCGAAAGCAACUUCGAGACUCCCUGUUUUCCCUCAUUCGAGAAGGGUUAGAACAGACUGAUGGACGAAUGCUUCCUGCGUGCCUUCAUCAGAUAGCAGAGACCUAUUUUCAGGAAGAAGAUUAUGAGAAAGCAAUGCAGUUUAUCCAGCUGGAACGGGUCUAUCACGAGCAGUUACUUGCGAAUCUGUCUGCUAUUCAGGAGCAGUGGGAAACAAAAUGGAAGACAACCAAAUCUGCAUCAGUGUCCUCACCUCAAAACUUAGAUAAAGGUCUAAGCAGCCAGGAGCUAGAAAUGUUGUCUAAUAUAUGUGGAUCUCACCAAAAUCCUCAGGCCUCUAAGUGGCAGUUUUCCAUAUCUGAGAAAUUUGAAAGCCUCCAACAGAUAAAGGGAUCAGAUAGAUGUGAUGUAGAUGACCUUUCAGGUGAACAUCCAGAUAGAGAAAUUGGAUCUGGCACAAAGACAUCAGCAGGCAGGAAGCCUGGCGUGGCAGAGAUGACAGAGCACUCACUUCCUGAUGUCAGCACAGCAGGCAACCUGACCAGGGUAGCUGAUCAUCAAGCUGUGCCCGGAAUGAGCCACAUGGAGGAGGAGCAGCAGUUUAUCACUUGUGGAACAACCUUAGAGUCAACCAUCCAGUCCUUGGGGACAGGAGGCAGGGCUAAACCUGACAGCAGCUUUCCUUCUGGGGAUGCUGGGAAGAAUAACAACCUCCUGCAACCAGAAGCAACACCACUCGACAAUAAUGUGUCAGAAAUAGAAGCGCUCUCCCAGGACAGGACAGAAGAACCAGCUGGGAACCCAAUGGUAGACAAAUUAAUAACCACAUCUGCAGAUCACUCAGAUUGUGCCCUGGAUACGCAGGAUGAUGGUACAGGAGGGAGUAGUUCCUUAGAAUGCACGAGUCCCAUCCAGUCUGUCCACAACGUGAGCAGCUCCGAACAGCAUUACUCAGCCGCAGGAGAUGGAGAUACAAAAAGGAUUAUUAAUACAGAGAGCCAAGUAGUGGAACCAGGACUUUGCCCAAAAGACAGUGCUAGUCCGAAAUGCCUGGAAGAACUGAACAAGUCUCAGCGUCAAGCAACAGUUGAGUUCAUAGCAAGUCUUCUCAACGGGGACCUGAAAGAUAGUGAGAAUUUCCUGGCGCACUUGGAUUUCCAGGAGGAGACUUUAUCUGAAGAAGAAAUGUCACCAAGCCCAGGGGAAUCAGUCUUGGGGGACAAUCUUCUUUCACUAGAUGAACUAGCAAAAAGGAUAGAGAUAGAGGAGGCGAGCCCCGCUUCUGGAUUGGUCUCUAUAUUGAAGAAGCGUAAUACAAGUGAUGGGGAGAACCAUAAGCCGGCAAAGAGGAAAGUGAGAUUCCUGGAAACAGAAGAUAUUCUUGACCAAGAGGAGAUGGGCGGAGGAUCCUGUAUCCUGCUGAUCGCACUUUGCCUUGCGACUGUGUUUCUCAGUGUUGGCGGGACUGCGUUGUACUGUACAUUUGGUGACGUGGAGUCUUCUGUAUGUAAAGAUUUUACUGCAAAUAUGGAUUUUUACUACACUCAGGCCCUACAAGGAGUGGAGGAAUUAAAGCACUGGCUGUUUGUCACCUAACAGAAAAGGCCUUUAUCCACAAAUAUACAUUUUAUAAACAUUUCAAUCGAGGAUGUAAAAGAUGUUUAUGCUGUAAUAUUUUAAUUUAAGAAAAUGAACUAACUAUAGUGACUGGGGGUGAAUGAUGUUUUCAACAUGGCAGACGAGUCCCAGGGAAUGGUAACCACUGAAGAUGUACAAUCCGCCUAGUGUUUUUACAAUUGCCUUUUAUUAUGUCUGUGUACGGUCUGUAAGGUUGAAACCCAUGGUUUUCUAUUGUAUAUUAUUUCCUUUUUUUGUGUGUUGUGUAAUUUCAUUUUAUGUUUAGUGACUGCUCUUCUGUGGUCUAAACACUGAAUCAUGCAUUUAUUUGUAUAUCAGCCUUUAGAUCAUGAUUUUAAUGUAUAGAUUUUUCUUUUAUUGUAAAGGAAAAAUACCGAUCCGUUCCCCAUCGUCAUUAACAAUUGUUUUGGGGUUUUAUAGGUUAUUUUAUGUUUUGGUCAUACAAGAUGGGUACUAGAUAUCAUGUAAGCAUGACACCAUUGCACCCGGAAAACAGAUUUUAAAGAAACCAGAUGAAUUUGUACAAAUAUUUAGGCUAACCCAUUAUAAUUCUUGUCUUUUGGGGGUAAUAUAUUUUUCUUUCUGAACAUGUUGGUACUGGCUGGUCCAGUGCAUUUUUCAUGGUAAAAUAUAUUUAUUUUUGUCUGAUCAGUUUAAAGGGAAUUUGCAUUCAUUCUGUGAUGUUUUAGUUAUGUGAUCAUGACAUUUUCGUACAGCAAAUGAGUUGUCUUGAACCAUUGCAGUGUGAUUUUAUUGUUUUAUUUCUUUAGAUCAGUGGUCUCCAAACUGUGGCUCCAGCUGUAGUUGUAGUUUUGCUACAGCUGGAGGGCCACAAUUUAGAGACCACUGCUUUAGCUUAAACCAUGUGUUGUUUGCAUUGUGUUUUUUUUGUUGUUUUUUUUUUAGCCUCCCUUCAUUGUCAUUUUUAUCCACUUCAGAUGAAAUACAUCAUUUUAAGCUCAAAGAUAUUAUCUAAAGAAGAUAUUAAAAAUAGAAAAUAAUACCGCAACAGUAAAAUAUCAUGGGGAAUUUGACAACACAAAUAUUUUAUAAUUCUAUAUUGUAUGGAUCGUGCACAAAUAUCAGGUUGUCACAGCUAGAGCUGUGUUCAUGAGUCUUGUGCCACCUUUCUUCUCAUUGUUGUCACAUAAUGAUCUGUGCAUCAUGUCUCCUUUCCAAGUUGAAUAAAAAAAAAGAUAUUUUACAU